AUGGCCUUUUCGAAAGAGAAACUUUUAGCGGGACUGAAAUUCCCCUGGAAACACCAAAAUCGCGAGCCCCAACGAGAAGUGAAGCCGGAGACAUCGAAUGAAGUUCAUCCAGUGACAUGGCGGCCGCUUUACCUGCGACGGAGCGUCCUCUGUCUCUUCAUUGCAUUCUUCUGCGGACUGAUCAUAGCCCUCGAAGUAUUGAGUCAUGUCUCGCAGUCGCGGUCUGGCCUUGCCUCGUCGAAACAAAGCCUUCACUAUAGCUGGACAUAUGCACCCGCGGCGAUUUUCCUCUCUAUCACUACUAUUUGGACACGCGCUGAGUUCCAAGCAAAACAAGCAAGCCCAGCGCGCCGAGCGGAGCAUGCUUCUGACUACGUCUCAGUUAUGCAACCCGUUGCAUUAUGGAGAGCGCUCAAGCACAAGGACUUUAUCGUAGCAGCAGGAGUGGGGUGCACCCUCCUCCUACGGCUUGCGAUCAUAUUUUCGACCAGUUUGUUUACUUUGAAAGAGAUGGCCGUGAGCCAAAGUAAUGUGUCCGUCCAAUUGAAUGACUAUUUCGAAGGGAAUAACGCAACUUUCAAUGGACCUGGCAUGCAGCCAGUCAAUCUGCUCAGUGCCAUUCUUUUUGAGAAUCUGUCGUAUCCAGAAGGCACCACAGCUAGUGCCACCUAUCAGACAUUCUCGGCACCAAAUCUACCAUCUGACUCUAACAUCACCGUUCCUGUUAAUGGGAUGCAGACAGAUCUGGUGUGCGAAGAAGCAGAGCUAUCGAUCACGACUUGGCAAAGAGUUUCGCAGUCAUUUGCUAAUUUCAACUCUUACCAAUCUGUGGAACCACAAGUGGUCAACGAGUUCCGUUCUUCUUCGUGCACCAUCUCCAACUACUCUAUUGCCACCACGCAGGUUAGUGCUCAGCCGUACGAGAACAUUCCGUACGUUGGGGAAUUUGUCAAUACUACAUGUGACUACUCCAAUGAAAGCCGCUACCUGGUUUACUUGGUCGAAUUUCAUGAAAAGACGCCAGAGAACGAAGAUGGAUCUUCCGAUAUGGUCUUGGAUCGUUCCUCUCAGCUGAUCUGCCAUGGGAAUUAUUCUCGGAUCGAUAUGCUGGCACAUGGUAGUGCUGCCGGGAAUUCUACAGCCAGACUCGAAAGAAUUGGGUCUGAAAGCUCAACCUUCCCUGAAGUAUCGGCAACGGACAUCUCACUGUGGAUCGACCAGUACAUGGACCACAGCUUGCAGGACAGCGACUAUCGAGUUGUACAAGACUACAACGCAUUUUACGCCAAAAAUGGACCGUAUGGAAACCAGACAAAUCUCAACGACCCCCUCCAAAUCGGCGCUUACAUCGCGGGCGUCAGUGGCGACAUCACACAACUCUUUGAACCCGGAGCUUUGCAAAACAUAGCCUCCAGUUACUACAAAGCGGUGGGCGCCCAGCUGCUGCAUGAAGCUUUGGCAAAGCAACACACAUCGCUGACCACUGGCUCUGCCAUAGUUGGAGAGAACCGCGUGGUGAUGACAAAUGUGUCACUCCGUGUGAUCGAGGUCUGCUUAGCUCUAGUUAUAUUGCAGGUGAUUGCGAUCAUCAUACUCGAUCCACGUCGCGGGGUUCCACCGUACGAUCCCAACCGUGUUUCUACUAUUGGGGCUAUCCUUUUGGCGAGCCCACGCGUGCGACAACUUCUUGCGGGGACAGGUGGUAUCUCUCAGAAAACCUUGGAUACGUAUCUUGCCGGGUCGAAGUAUGUCGCUCGCCAAACAGAGGCCGGUAUAUCCAUCGAGGCCAAAGAGAAGAAUGAGGCGUGGACACCAUUCCCCAACUUCAUUUCUCGGAUGAUCGGGUUUAUCGUGAUUCUUCUUAUCAUUGUGGUUCUCGAGGUUCUCCUCCACUUCUCCGACGUCAACGAUGGCCUUGGAGAUGUCACCGAUGUGACAUAUAAGCACUAUCUGUGGACUACCAUCCCUGCGAUUGUGAUGACCCUCAUUGGCCUUUUCAUCGGAAGUCUGACUGCUAAUAUCCGCACUGUUGCUCCAUAUGCACAGCUUCAACAGAAAUCUGGUGCAAAGUUCGAGCAAUCUCUGGGGCUGAAUUUCCUCGAUGCCCUCGAUCUAACCAACCUAGUCCGCUCUAUUCGAACAAACCAUUGGGCUGUUCUCGCGGGCACGCUCGCUGCAUCAGGCACCUUCUUCCUUAACAUCGUAACCAGUGGUCUUUUCUCAGCAAUUGCAGUCCCUCGCACAAUCGAAGUAAAUGCCACCCAGAAAACAGUCUUCGGUACAAUCGGAGCCUACCAAGCAGACACAGCUUACCAACUUCUUGGAUCCACCUACGGCGAAGUUAUCGCAGAAUACAUCAUCCAAGACAACCUGACUUACCCUCAAUGGACCUACGACGGCCUCGUCUUUCCCGAGCUCUCCAUCACAAGCCCCUCCCCCAACUGGAGCACCGGCGAAGGAGUAUACAUGGAAACGCGCAUCUCAGCCCUAAGAGCCAACCAUUCCUGCAUCACAAAAACAGGUGCUGAACUCAACGCCUCAGUAACCCGGCAGGAAAGCUCAAAAGACUACACCAUAUCCCUCAACUGGCCACCCUUCACCCUAGACCCCUACGGCCCCAACAAAACCACCAUCAUCGCCGCAGGGAACUUCCUCUCCGUGACAGAUGUCCAAAGCUCCUACUUCGGCAUCGCCACCUCCCCCCAAUUACUCACCUCCGAGGAACAAUCCGGCAACGCCACCGUCUCCCUCUUCGCCUGGGGCUUCUUCGGGCCCGACGCCAGCUCCCUCGCCCACAUCACAGCCAUGACAUGCACGAACACCCCCGAGAUCGUCGAAACAGACAUCCGCUUCGACCUCCCGGGCUUCAACAUAACAGACGCCCACCCCCCAGUCCCCGACGCCUCGACCGCGCGCCGCGCCCCCGGAAUCCCCCUCUCCAGCGAGCCGUGGAUCACAUCACUCAACGAUCCAGCGCUGUACAUCGCGACCCUCCCUGCCUACCGCGAUCUAGACGGGUUCUUCACCGCACUCGUGCUGGGCCGGUUCGGACUCCCGCUCGAGACACUGCGGGAUGCAUCGGGCGACGAGGCGACUGCCGCGGCUAUUCAGAGACAACUGGCUAUUGUCCAAGCGCAGGAACUCAACAACUACACCCGGGUGGACGCGAACGGAACGCUGGAUGGCGCACCGGUUCGCGGCACGGUGACGCUGCCGACUCGGCUGCGGGUCGUGCAGAAUAUGGCGUCGACGAGGGUGCUGGAUGUGUUGCUUGGGGUGAUUGUUGUGUUGGGGGCUGUGGGGUCGUUUGCGUUGAAUACAGAUCGGGUGCUGCCGAAGAGUCCGACGAGUAUUGCUGCUAUUGGGAGUCUUUUGGCGGAUUCAAACUUUUUGGAGAGGUUUGGGGCUGUGCUCGGGGUUUAUACUGAUAAGGUGCUUGGGAGGGUUUUCUUAAAGGAUGAGAAGUUUUAUCUUUUGGAUGAGCCGCAUGAGAGCGGUCUGGAUGAGCGGAAUUUGAAGUCGGCGGUUGUGGGGGGAAGGGAGCAUUUGACAAUCUAUGUUGUUGGCCCAGGGGGUUCUGUUAGCUCACAGGAAGAAAGGAGCGAGGAGACGAUCCCUAGUCUGCAGGAAUGA